AUGGUCGCCGUACCAAUCUCCCUCAGUGCGUCCUGCCAGGUCGCCCUUCGCUCUGUGCCCUCCCACGCCUUAAUUCUUGCCAUCUCAGGGUACCGAGGCCAUCCUGCCUGUCACACACGGACCUCAUGUUCCGUACCAUGUCCACGCAUAAGUAAUCUCGACAGUCAGCGUAGCAACCCAACCUGCUUCGCUGGGUCCCUGAGCGCCCAUGGCCCGACGCGGUGGAUAAGGUUGUUCAAUCCACGAACCGCAGGCUCUUCUGGAACCAGCACGCCUGCUGAGUAUACCCUCCUGGAGCAUACCACGUACAAAUGCGCAUGA